AUGCUUCACCAAUCUCAACCGUCUUCGCCGCCAUCUCCCUCCUCCUCGCUCCUCUCCAUCUCCUUCAACCAAGACCACACCUGCUUCUCCACCUCAACGAAAACUGGAUUUCGUGUCUUCAGCUGCGAUCCCCUCCGUCAGCUUUUCCAACGAGUAUUUCCCCGUGACGGUUUCAUCCACGUCGAGAUGCUUCACCAGACUAACAUACUGGCUUUAGUCGGUGGUGGGUCCAACCCUCAGUUCCCUCGAAAUAGUGUUGUAAUCUGGGAUGACUACCGCUGUGAGUCUGUCGGGAUGUUAUCCUUUCAAAGUGCCGUUCGCGGUGUUCGUCUCCGGCAGGAUAGGAUUGUGGUGGUAUUAGAGUUUAUGGUUUUUGUUUACAGUUUCGGGGACUUGAAGUUUCUUUGUGAGUUUGGAACCUGUGGGAACCCUAAGGGGUUAUGUGUUGUUUCACAGCUCAAAGAAUCGAUUGUUCUGGUGUGUCCGGGAUUGCAGAGAGGUCAUGUGCGUGUGGAACACUAUCCGAAGAACAAAAUCAAUUGCAUUAGGGCUCAUGAUUCGCAAUUAGCUUGUUUGGCUCUUACUAUUGAUGGAAAGUUUCUCGCCACUGCUAGCACUAAGGGCACACUCAUUCGCGUCUUUGAUACGGGGAAUGGUGCUCUGCUUCAGGAAGUAAGAAGGGGUACAAUUUCAGCAGAGAUCUAUAGUAUGGCAUUCUCUUCUACUGCACAGUGGUUGGCAGUCUCUAGUGACAAGGGUACUCUUCAUGUCUUCUACCUUAAGGUUGAUAUCAGCAACAGUGAGCAUAAAAUGUCACAAAGUUCAUCAAAUUCUGGUGCUUCUAUUACAUCGUCAAGCUCAUAUCUUUCAUCCAUUAAAUUUAGAAGAAUCUUGCCAAAUUAUUUCAAUUCAGAGUGGUCAGUUGCUCAGUUUCGCUUGCAUGAAGGCUGUCGUUACACUAUUGCGUUUGGCGACUCAAAUAAUAUACUCACAAUUCUUGGCAUGGAUGGAAGCUUCUAUCGAUGUGAGAUCUACCCGGGGCAUGAUGGACAAAUAAUUCAACUUGAAUCUGUCUUAAACCAAAAAUAG